CCCACAAACGCUCGCCAGCCGCCGUGCCAUCAAGGUCUGCCUUAAGAAGUAUUCAAAAAAUAAUAAUUUUCAUUUAAAAAAGUGAAAAUGGUGUCGAGUGUAAAACUGUUCUUGACUCUCGCUGUCUUGGCCACUUUCGCUUGCACGGGGUACGCCAUCAAAUGCUAUCAGUGCGAUUCUAUUACUAAGCCCAAUUGUGGAAUGAAUUUUAAGGCGGAUGAUAGUGUGCUUUUGGAUUGCACCAGGAUUGCCCCACCCCGAUUCCUGCAGAACUUCUUCCCCGUUCGCAAUGCCACCGGUUGCAUGAAGCAGACAAUCGAUCUACCUGGCCAAUCCCAGAUCGUGAGGAGCUGCUACUUUGGCGAUUUAAGCAACAAACAAACCGGAUGCCAGACUGACCCCAGCAUGCCCAUAAACAAGUUGUUGAGCUGCGAGGUCUGCACCAAGGACGAGUGCAACGGAUCCUCCUCCAUGGCCCCCAUUGCCGGAGUUAUCCUUCUUUUCUUCGGCGUUGCUCGUUUGCUGGCCUAAAUUUUAUAGUAAUUCUUGUAGUGCCGCUGGACAAAAUCAAGCCUGCUAAUACAAAAGCUUUUAAUCACAUUGCUUAAGUCAUUUUUGAAUCGCUUUUAAUUGUUAUACACCAUUUCAACAAUUUUUGUCCACAAUAAAGAUCACUUUAUUUAUUUGAAA